AAGAAGAGAUGAUUGUUAUGAUUGAGGAACUCAAAUGAUGGCAAGUCUUUCUUAUGCUUUAAAAAUAGGUCGAUCCGCUACUCUUCUCUCUGCUACGACUUCUCACUCCUUAUUACCUAAUUACUCCAAAAUGACCAUGUUUCUUCCUCAUCGAAAUUUCGCCAUCAUGGCCUCCGGCGCCGAUGAAUUUGUCAGGGGACAUGUCCACCCGAACGGUGUCGCCGUUAUCACUCUCGAUCGUCCUAAAGCUCUCAAUGCAAUGAACUUAGAUAUGGAUAUCAAAUACAAGAGUUUCCUGGAUGAAUGGGAAACAGACCCAAGAGUAAAAUGUGUUUUGGCUGCCAGUAGUUCUCCCCGUGCCUUUUCAGCAGGUGGUGAUAUCAAGCAGAUUGCAGCAAAAAAACAGCAGUCAGAUAUGAUAGAGGUAUUCACAGCUGAGUAUCCUAUAAUAUGUAAAAUCUCCGGGUACAAAAAGCCUUACAUCAGCUUCAUGGAUGGCAUCACAAUGGGCUUUGGAAUUGGUUUAUCUGGUCAUGGUCGUUACAAGGUUAUUACAGAGAGGACUGUUCUAGCGAUGCCAGAAAAUGGAAUUGGGUUGUUUCCAGAUGUCGGUUUUUCCUAUAUAGCGGCACAUGGUCCUGGAGAAGGCACAGUUGGUGCUUAUCUUGGAUUGACUGGAAGUAGGAUAUCAACACCUGCUGAUGCUCUCUAUGUUGGUCUGGGAACUCAUUAUGUCCCUUCUGCAAAUUUGGGCACAUUGAAGGAAGCUUUGCUUGCCACUAAAUUCUCCGAGGAUCCAGAUGAGGAGAUAAAACAACUGUUGACGAAAUACAGCAGCAACCCUAAUUCAGAACCCCGUUUGAAGUCACUUUUACCCAGAAUAAUUUCUACUUUUGCUGGUAACAAGUCCAUUAGGGAGAUACUAGAAGAGCUAGAACAUCAUCAGCAAAGCACUGAUACAUUGGUGGCAGAAUGGGCAAGGGAUGCUCUGCAAGGGCUUAGUAAGGGGGCCCCUUUUUCUCUCUGUCUCACCCAAAAGCUCUUCUCUAAGGUAGCAUCUGCACGUGGCGAAACUGAGAACGACUUAUCCAGGCUCGCUGGUGUCAUGAGAACUGAAUAUCGCAUUGCUUUAAGGUCCGCUCUACGGAGCGACUUUGCUGAAGGUGUCCGAGCAGUCUUAGUGGACAAGGAUCAGAAGCCAAAGUGGAAACCAAGUUGCUUGGAGGAAGUUGAGGACAGGGAGGUGGAAGCUCUUUUCGAACCUCUGGGCCCAGAUAUUGGAGAAUUGAAUGUGUGAGCAUAAUGCAUAUCCUGAAUCUUUCCAGCGGGGUAUGACCUCUUUCACAGAUAAAGAUUGGCCUAAUUGUUGGCGAGUUCGUUCGGCUUGUAACCUCUCACUUAUGUAACUAUUAUUACAAUAUAUAUGUUCAAUCACAUAUAUGAUAUGCCAUGCUCUCCGUAAUGUUUUAAGAUUUUUUUUUUCUAUUUAACGGUAAAAUUGAGUAUGAAAAUUCAAAAUCAUCUA